AUGGAAAAUCUAUUGGAGGAAAUUAGUGUGGAAAACUUCCCUGGUAUUGCCAGAGAUCCAAACAUCCAGCAUCGGGACAUUCUGUGGGGGCUGAGGGCCGAGGCCCGCACCUCCCCGAGCAGCCCGGGUCUUGGGAAAAGCGGACCCCGGGAGCCGGUGGCAGUUACCAGACCCGACAAUGUGGGACGCUGUCGGCCCACGGCGUCGCUGGCGCAUGCGUAUCGGGGAUCCGAAGCCAGCGCGGCCCGGUCGCCAUUGCGGGAAGGCUGUCGUCAGAGCCGGCCUCGCCGGCUGCUGGUCCACCCCCAGGAGCCCAGGCACCCGGCGUCAUUGGCUCCGGCAUGGGGGCCCUCAGCACCCUCUCCCGCCUGGGCCCGGACUAGCGGCGGGACGACGGCGGCGUCAAGGGGCGGAGCCUCGCGCUGCGCCUUUGUCCGGGAGGCUGUUAUGCCUUCUCAGCAUGCUGUUCUUUCUCAGGAAGGGAACAUGGAGGAGAAAGAAAUGAGUGAUGGAUCACAGCUAGCCAGGUCCCAGGAAUCACUGACAUUCCAGGAUGUGGCUGUGGACUUCACCAGAGAGGAGUGGGAGCAACUGUACCCUGCUCAGAAGAACCUCUACCGAGACGUGAUGCUGGAGAACUAUAGGAAUUUAGUCGCACUAGGGCAUCAACUUUAUAAACCAGAGGUAAUUGCUCAAUUGGAGCAAGAGGAGCAGUGGAUGAUAGAAAGAGACAACCCCCUGGACACCCAGCCAGAUGGGGAAAACCGACCUGAAAUCAAAAAGUCAACUCCAAACCAGAAUAUUUCUGAUGAAAAUCAAACCCAUGACAUGAUAAUGAAGAGACUAACAGGAGACAGUUUCUGGUACUCCAUCUUAGGAGGACUCUGGGAUUUUGAUUACCAGUUAGAGUUUAACCAAGGAAACCAGCAGAGACAUUUAGGACAACUAUCUCUCACUCACAAAAAGAUCACCCAGGAAAGAAGACUUGAAUGCAAUAAGUUUGCAGAAAACUAUAAUCUGAACUCAAACCUUAUGCAUCAGAGAAUUCCUUCAAUUAAAAUACCUCUUAAUUUUGACACACAAGGAAAUAACAUCAAACAUAAUUCAGACUUGAUUUACUGUCAGGGAAAUUAUGUAAGAGAGAAGCCCUAUGAAUAUAAUGAAUGUGGAAAAAUCUUCAAUCAACAUAUUCUUCUUACUAAUCAUAUUCUUACUGGGGAGAAACCCAGUGAAUGUGGGAAGGCCUUCAGCCACAACUCAUCUCUUAUACAACCUCAGAUCAUCCUUACAGGAGAGAAGCCCUAUAAGUGUGAUGAAUGUGGGAAAAGAUUCAGCCAAAGGAUACAUCUUAUUCAACAUCAGAGAAUUCACACGGGAGAAAAACCUUUUAUAUGCAAUGAAUGUGGGAAAGCCUUUCGACAACAUUCAUCCUUUACUCAACAUCUGAGAAUUCAUACUGGAGAGAAGCCCUAUAAAUGUAAUCAAUGUGGUAAAGCCUUUAGCCGUAUCACAUCCCUUACUGAACAUCAUAGACUUCAUACUGGAGAGAAACCUUAUGAAUGUAGUUUUUGUGGCAAAGCCUUCAGCCAGAGAACACAUCUUAAUCAACAUGAGAGAACUCAUACAGGAGAGAAACCCUAUAAAUGUAAUGAAUGUGGGAAAGCCUUUAGCCAGAGUGCACACCUUAAUCAACAUAGGAAAAUCCAUACUCGAGAGAAAUUAUGUGAAUAUAAAUAUGAGAAAACAAUAAGCCACAGUCCUUCACUUAGUCCUUCACUUACUCAACAACACAUAACUCAUGGUGGAGAAAACCAUAUGAAUAUAUAAAUAUGGGAAAUUUUGGGGUCAGACCUUUUUAUCCCAUUCAAUAUCAAAUUAUUCAUAGUGGAUAGAAAGUUUAUAAAUAAGCUUUUAGUGCAUAGAAACCAAAUAGAGACCUUAAACUAGCAGCAUAUUACAUUCCCAAGAGGGCUUAUAAAUAGUGAAAAUCACUUAUUUUAUAAACAAGAUUAUAUUAAGAGUCAUGUUCUAAAUCUGAUUUUAAAAACUUUUUAAAAAAAUAACCAGAAAUCCCGUAGGCAAUAACCUAUAAUGAUUCAACUGUAAGGUUUAUGGUAUAAAGACUUUAAAUCAUAUAAACAUUGAUUAUUCAAGGAAUGCUAUA